AUGGACACCUCGGACGAGAACGUCUCGGACUCGAACGUUUCGGACACGAACGUCAAGGUCUUUUGCCGCGUACGUCCACCCAGUGAACGUGAGCGUGGUAAUGAAUCUGCAUCUCAUUUAAGCAGCUCAGCAACUUUAUUAGCACGCGUAAAUACAACUUCAUCCGUAAAAAAGUGCGUGACUGUUCCUGCAUCGGAUAAUACGCAGCAGACAAUUUAUUUGCAAAGUAAACACUGUCUAUCUAAGACUUUUACAUUCGACCGCGUGUUUGAUGAAGAUGCGAGUCAAAAUGACGUUUUUGAAGUCGUUGGAGCACCCAUAACUCGGGCUUGUCUCAAGGGCUAUAAUGGAACUAUCUUUGCGUACGGCCAGACAGGAUCUGGUAAGACGUUUACUAUGCAGGGCCCAGAUGAUGUGAUUGAUACAGAGGCACAGAAUUUCACACCGGAGCAACUGGCUUUACGCGGUCUCGUCCCACGAGUCUUUGACUAUCUCUUUGACAAUGUUGUAGCUGCUGACAGCCGUAAGAAUGUGCAGCACACCUUUGCUUGCUCAUUUCUCGAGAUCUAUAAUGAACGGGUGUACGAUUUACUAGAUCAACGUAGUACAAAAGACACUGCCGGGUUGCAACUACGGGAAAGUGGUCGAAAAGGUGUUCACGUGGAAGGGUUGAUUGAAAGCGUAAUUACAAAUUCAAGAAAAGCUGCUGAACUCAUGAAAAUUGGAGCACAAAACCGUAGGGUGGGACAAACAUCGAUGAAUCGAGAAAGCAGUCGAUCUCACAGUGUCUUCAUCCUGCAAUUGCAGUCAAAAGAAAUUUCUGCAGCAGGUAUAAAGACCCGUACAUCGCGGUUUAACUUAGUGGACUUAGCAGGCUCUGAGCGACAACGGAGCACAGAUGCAGCGGGUGAGCGGCUAAAGGAAGCGGGAAAUAUCAACAAAUCGCUUUCAGCACUUGGAAAUGUCAUUUUGGGCUUGUCAGAGUUAUCAGUAGGCAAACAUCGCCAUGUACAUUAUCGCGACUCCAAGCUCACAUUCCUGCUUAAAGAUUCAUUGGGUGGCAAUUCGAAAACGUUUAUGGUAGCGACUAUAUCGCCGGCUGAAGAAUCUGCCUUUGAGACGCUAUCAACUCUAAAAUUUGCACAACGAGCCAAAAUGAUUCAAAAUAGUGCUAGAGUUAAUGAAGACGCGGUCGGAAGUACUUUGUUUCUACAAGAAGAAGUUCAGCGAUUACGUCGGAAAUUACAGCAAGCGCACACUGAAAUUGCGCGGUAUCUUCCUGGUUCAAAAUUACUUAUGCAAGACACAAUGUCUUCGGAGAACAUGCCAAGCCACGACCCGCCAUGGCAACGAGACACAAGUUAUCCUGCUAUUGAUUUGCGCUUUCGUGAGCUGGAAGAAGCUUUUGCUUUGUCUGCAGAGACGAAUGAGAGACUACAGCGUUCGUGCGAGUAUUUGCGGCUUCAAAAUGACAAUGUUCAAGCGCUAUGUGUGGAGCUAAAGCAGAACGUUGCCCACUUAAGAUUAAUGCUUCGAUUGCAAGGAAAUGAUAGAUCAGGCGUAAGGGACUAUACACCGUCGGCUGAUGCCAUUGAGUGGAGGAUAAAGUACGAAGAGGUGGAAGAACGCGUCGUUGAGCUUGAGGAAAAAUUAAAGUGCAUUGAUAAUCAAGACACUGCCAUCACUGCAAAGACGAUGAGUGAGGUGGAAAAUCUUAAUAUGAUGCUGUUAGGUCUAUCGCGCCAAUUAGCGGCUGUAUUGCGGGACAAGCACGAUUUGCAAGACCGUCUACUAGAGAAUCAGUCGAAACAGGAAUCAAGUAUGGAGGGUCCUUCUUCGCUGGACAGAAUGGACUCAGAUUUUUCGGCACGUUUGGAGGAAGCGCUAAAGCAACAGGCAAACGAGUUUCAGGCGAAGCUGGAUUCAGUCUCUGCUUUUAAUGCCUGUUUGGAAGAGAAAGCUGCAGAAACAUCUCUCGAGUUGCACCAGAUCAAGCGGCGUGAGGCUUCUUGGUCUGUACAGCAACUUGCUUUUGAAAAACAAGCUGCUGAUUUUCGUUCCGCGAUGCUAGAGGCUGAAAAAGCACAACUUUCGAGUAUAAGCAGGUUGCUUCAGGAGGAAAGCGAGAAAGAAGAGUUGAAGCUGCAGCUAGAGCGAGCACGAGAGGGCAUCAGCCUUGAAUAUGAAGUUGCGUUGGCUGAUGCUUCCACAGCCAACAAGAACCUUGAAGACAAGUUAAAAUUGUUACAGCAGCAAGUCGCUUCGAUGGAUGCUGAGAUUUAUGAACGUAAAGAGCAAGCUCACGAGGCCAUGCUCGCGCUUGAUAAUAUCAAGACAGAAAUGGAAAUUCUUGAAGCAGCUAACAAAAGUUAUGAGCUGCAACUUAGCGAAACUCAAAGCGAAGUUGAAAAGUCGUCGCACGUGGCAGCUCGUUUGCGUACUGAAGUAUUUGAUCGUGAGAAGUUGAUUGAGGAGCUGAGAAGAUCUGAAGCAGUCAUCACUAAAAAGUCGAGAAUUUUGGAGAAGGACCUGGCCGAAUCUACCACAAUUGUCCGACAGUUGCAGGAAAGUGCUGCUACUACUACGCAAAAGCACUCAGAGGCAAUUGAGAAAAUAAGGUGCCAAGCAAAAGAGCACGAGAAGACAUUAAUUGAGGACUUUGAGAUGCAACUUAGUAAAAAGGACGAACAGGUGAUGCAACUUCACUCUGCGCAAAAUGACCUUCGAGCUAAAACAGAAGAAUCUACACGUCGUAACAGCAUAAUUAUGAAGGAAAUGGAGGAGACACUUUCAUUGUUACAGCGUCAGCUAGAAGACCAACAACAGAAUUCGAAAUUGGCGCUUGAAGAUGUCGAGCAGAAAUUGUCAAGCGCUCUAAGUGAUAUCUCCACUCUUGCGAAAGAGAAGGAAAAGAUUGAACUCGAAUACGCGGCAGCAGUGCAACAAAUUGAUCAUUUUCAGCAUAGUUUGAUAAGUCUUGAAAAUGAAAAGCAGGGAAUGGCGAGCCAGAUCGAAUCUUCAGUGGAGCAUACGGAGCAGCUUAUUGCUCAAAAGAGUAGACUGGAAAAUCAAAAUGCUGAGCUUGUCAAAACGUGCAAUCAGCAGCAAAUUGAGCUGUCGAAACUAGAAGAUUCUACAACGAAAUUGAGUAAGGAUGUUCAGGAACUGCGGCAACAGAUCACAUCACGAUCGAAAGAGGCUGCAGAGCUUCGAGAUGAUCUGGCAUCAGCACGGAAUGAUCUAUGUCAAGCCUCAGUCACGAAAGCUGAGCAAACCACUAAACUCUCUAAUAGCACAGCAAAGAUUGAGGAACUUAAGCAAGAACUUGCUGUCAAGAUUAAAGACAUGGACAGUGUGACUAUCAAGCUCGAGAAGGCAGUAAGUGACUUUCAAGACGCUGAAAGUACAAUUUUGCGCCAGCAGAAGCAGCUUGAGAUGUAUCAAGGUAUCCAGUCUGCGUUGCGCGACGAGCUAAAAAAGCUGGAAUUUGAGCGUCUAGAGCUGACCGAAUCUUUGAAAUCGGAACAGGAAUUGAAACAGGAUGUAGAGGAAAAUUUUGCUAACGCCAAAGAAACUUGGUUUGUGGAGAAAAAUCAGCUUACCAAGCAGUUUCAGAGCGCGAUAUCUGCUCUUGAAGAGCGCAUCAACGAGUUGACCUCCAGUCAAGCGCCUCUUUUAGCUCGAAUCCACGAAUUAGAGCAAGAAAACGAUACUGUGAGAACUUUAGUCGUAAAAAAGGAUGAACACGAACAAACUCUGUUGCAUCGUCUCGCUGACAAGGAGGCUGAGAUUAGAGCGCUGGACCUGAAAAGCGCAGACUCAAUAAUUACACAAAAACAAACGAUUGAGGAUCUAAAAAGUAGCGUGCAUGACCUAGAGCACCAGCGGGCAGAGCUGAAGAAGUCAAUUACACUUAAGGAAAAGGAGAUCGUGAGCACAUUGGCGACUAUAGCUCAGCGUGACAAUUUGGUUGCGUCAUUGAAAGAGCAAGCGCUUGACGUCGAAGCUGUGCGAGAUCGAGUGAUUCACGACUUCAAAGUAGAACUGGAGGCGUCAAAUGGACGCGUGCAGGCACUCGAACAACAUAUAGCCGAGAAGACGGCAGUGUUUGAAAAGACGGAAAAAAUGUUGGUGGCAGAAAAUGAUGCACUGAAAAAACAUCUUGAAGGAACUAAAAAGAGUCUGGCACACCAGAACAAGCAGUCUGGAGACAAAGACGCAGCGCUUGAACUUGCCAAUAAAUCCAUCAUCGAAUUAAAAGACCAACUAGCAGGCAGUAGUAGUGCAAAGGUACAAGAAUUGCAAGCUGCACUGGAAGAGAUGAAUGCAAAAUAUCAAUCAGCGGUUGCCGAAAACGUGAAGUUUAAAGAGCAGGAAAAUGAGCUACAACGUCGUCGUAGUGAACUGGACAUAGCAGAGGAGCGCAAUCAGUCCAUUCAAAAGGCACUGGAGACUCAACAGGCAGUCGUCGAGAAUAUGUUGAAAGAAGCGAAGACGAAGGUAGCGUCUCAGGAUGUGAUUGGACAGGUGAAACGCAAGUUUUUGACAGAAAAGGUCAAGCUGCAGCGAGAAAUUCAAACCCUGACGAAAAAAUUGGAGACUUUGUCGAAAGAAAACGAGAAGUUAGUUGGCCACCACAACAGUCGCCAAAAGAUCCAACACCAUGUCAAAGUUAAGGAGGAAAACAACCGUCUCUUGGAACAAGUACGGCAGCUAUCGGACGAAAAAUUUAAGCUACAACGGUCUCUUGAAAAUGCCCGUGUGUUGCUUAAAGAAAAAGAAAACGCUGGAAUUGAAAUGAGAAGAAUUACGUCGCCUGUGUCACCUGCCUUAAGCAAUUUGUCCAACAAAUCGCAAAAUUUAACUUCUUCUGUCAAGUCUCCACAACUUGCUCGUGCCACGCUUAAUAAAAUAGUAAAACUAGAUCGAGGAAAACCUACUAGUCGGUCGGCAUCGCCUAGACCGAGUAAGAAACGGCGAACACCAACAGGACCAGAGUGGCAACGAUAA